UACUGGAAAGCAGAAGGAAUGAGGCUACCAGAGAAGACACGACUGCUGACUUCUUAUCUCAUGUUGCAGGAGGUUGCGGAGGAAAUGCGCUCCCACAUCCACAGCAGACCAAAGGAAGUAUCACUGACAAACGGCAGUCUGUGGGUGUAUGUGGCGAUGGAAAGCCCGAAUUUUACGCACGGAUCCGUCUCCCCAAACGAAACGGUGGUUCAGCCUUCACACGGGGCCAGGCGCCACACAGAAAUCGCUUUACCGAUUUUUAUGUUUGCUGGAGGCGCCAUUGGGAAUUUAAUUGCAAUAAUCGUUCUUUCGGUAUCAAGACAGGAGAGGAAAUCUUCAGCUUUCUACACGCUGGUGUGCGGUCUGGCGGUGACGGACCUGCUGGGCACCUGUCUGGCCAGUCCCAUCACUAUAGCCAACUACCUGGACCAGCACGUACUGGAAGACGUGCACGUCUGCGAGUUUCACUCAUUUUUGUUGUUGUUUUUCGGUUUAACAGGACUGAGCAUUAUUUGCGCCAUGGCAGCGGAGCGGUACUUGGCGAUAUGCUGCCCCUACACCUACCAGCGGUGGGGGGUGGACAGACGCUUUGCGCAAAAGUUUCUUUUCUUCAUUUACAUCAGUCACAUUUUCUUCUGCUGCCUCCCGAUGAUGGGGAUGGCGGAGAGCGAGCUGCAGUCGUCGAAAACCUGGUGCUUCAUCGACUGGAAGACACACGAGCCGGCGGCCGCCGCUUACUCCGUCCUCUACGGCGUCGUCAGCCUGCUGCUCAUCCUGGGGACCAUAGUGCUGAACUGUGCGGUGUGCGGAUCGCUGCUGCUGAUGCGACAGAGGACCGUGCAGAGGCCCGUCACCAGAGCCAGCGUCCGGGAGAGGUGGAGGGCUCUGUCCUCGGCCGCAGAGACGCAGAUGAUGGCGGUGCUGGUGAUGACCUCCGCGGUGGUUCUGGCCUGUUCAGCCCCGCUCGUGAUCCGUUUGUUUGCCAACCGCUUCACGCAGAAAAAUGACACUACAGCUGACCUGGCUGCCAUCAGAAUUGCCUCUGUUAACCCCAUCCUCGACCCCUGGAUCUACAUCCUCCUCAGGAGGUCUCUGUUUCGACGACUGCUCGGUUUAUCCAGACAGAGCAGCAGCACUCGCAGUACUUCCUCCUCCACACCGCAAAGGAAUCUGUUUUAUCCUGAUAUCAUGAGGGACAGACACGUGUUCACGCAGCUGAUGUGCAGCGCGAACAUCAUCACUCAGCUGCCUGCUACUGUCAAAUUCACUCCGUGUGACACAGAGAGCCUCCACCAGACUUAAAACAGACUGAAGACAUGAAGAGGAGUUCGACAUCUAGGAGUGUUUGCUGGUUGAUGCAGCAUCACAGUUUCAGAUCUGUCUCCUGUGGGAUGCCAACUUUGUGGGGCCCACAGCUGGAGAGAGCCCUCAGAACUCCUGUAGGAUUAUUUAUUAAAUAAAAGUGGGGGCCUGCUCUGACUUCACCUGUGUAGAAGCCUCCUGCAGUGACACAGGACUGAUGAAAAAAACAAACUAUUUGACAUUAUUACAGAAGGGCAACAAAAAGACAUGACCGAGCCUUUAUUUUGUAACUUUGGUUGCCUUCCUGCCUCUCAUUGUCCAGUCAGUGCUCUAGCCUCCUUGUUAAUAUCACAUCCACAUAAAAUUGCACUUUUCUUCAUUCUUUCUUCCCUCACUUCCAGCUCCUCCUUCCACCUGAUCAGUCCAUCCUCCAGUUUAUGUGAAUUAAUCAGCUGAAUGCUACAGGAAGAUUAUACUAGCAGAGUACAAAAGCCCACUUCAUCUGGAGACAGUUAUCAGUUGACCUGGACAUUGCGAGAGUCUGUUUUCAGCAGAAACUGGGUGAGACCGAUUAUAACUGUUUUUUUUAAACAUAAAACAUCUGACAUGGCUUUGGGAAACUCCUCAGGAGAUAUUUUUGGAGAAACGUGAAACACUGAUAUGAGCUUAAUAAAGCACUGACUAAAUGCUGGCGAUGUCUGUUUAUAUUAAAGA